AUGGCCGCCGCGAACGGUACCGCGCCCACGGCUCGUGCCCCACCGCGGAUCCGCGCCUGCAUCUUGGACAUGGACGGUCUCCUCAUCAACAGUGAAGAUCUAAUCACCCAGUCCAUCAACGAAGUUCUCCACGAGUACGGCAAGCCCUCCCUUCCGUGGAGCGUCAAGGUCAACCUCCAAGGCCGCACACUAGCAGAAUCUAGCAGAAUCUUCCAAGAAUGGGCACAACUCCCCAUCUCAGACCAAGAGUUCCAAGAAAAGCUUAAGGAGCUACACACGAAGCUGUUCCCAACCUGCCAGCCACUACCAGGAGUCCAGUCGCUACUCGAGAAGUUGAGCCAUGACACUGCCAUCCACCUUGCCCUCGCCACCAGCUCUCGACGCGAUAAGUUCGAGCUGAAGACAGCGCAUUUGCAACCGCUCUUCUCGGCGUUCCAGCCCGAGCACAUAAUCCUCGGCGAUGAUCCACGCAUUGCACCAGGGAGACACAAGCCUUGCCCCGACAUCUACACGCUCGCGUUGCAGUGCAUCAACGCUACUGUGCGAAAGUCCGGAGGGCAGCUGAUUCAACGGGAGGAAUGUCUGGUGUUCGAAGAUGCGGUGCAGGGUGUAGAGGCGGGGAGGAGAGCGGGUAUGCACGUUAUUUGGUGUCCUCAUGAAGGGCUCCUUGAGGAGCUCGAGAGGGCUGGAAGGGUUGAUAAGGUUUUGGCUGGUCCGGUGAGGCAGGAUGAGCAGGGAGGUGAUGAUGUGGUGGAGGUUUGGCCGGCGAGGCUUGUGAGGUCUUUGGAAGGGUUUGAUGGUGAAGAGGAUGGUGUUUUCAUGACGGCUGCGUAG